AUGAGACUUUUCAUCCUCGCCGCCGCCGCCCUCCUUCUCCUCCAAGUCUCGGCCGCCGGGGCUGUCCGCACAGAGCCACUGCUCGGGGGGUGGCACCCGAUAAAGAACCUGAGCGACCCGUACGUGAGGGAGAUCGCUGAGUUCGCCGUCAAGGCGCGCAAUGACCAGGCCAAGACGGGGCUGGUGCUGGAGAAGGUGGUGAAGGGCGAGACGCAGGUUGUGGCGGGGAUGAACUACAGGCUCGUCGUCGAGGUCAAGGACGGGACCAACACGAAGAGCUUCGAGGCCCUCGUCUGGGACAAGCCGUGGGAGCACUCCAGGCGUCUCUCGUCGUUCAAGGCCGUAAAGGGCAAGGCAUGA